CAGCAACCCCACGUCCAUCACACCUUCAUCAUACAACCCACUCACAACAGUUCGCUGCAAAUUCUCGUUGAACACGGCAUGCAAGUACGCCACAUGCCCGGCCAACUCCGUGUGUGCGGAGACAAGUGACAACAGGGGAGCCACCUGCAAGUGUGACAAGUAUUAUAUUGGCAUCAACGGCACCUGCCAAGACAAGUGCAAUCUCGACUGCAUGGGCAAUUCCCGUUGUGAAAGGGACGCGCUUGGGGCCCCGAAUUGUUUGUGCAACAAGGGAUUCCAAUAUGCUCCUGAUAGCAACACCUGCGUUGACAAAUGUGAUCUGGUGAAUUGUGGGCCCAACGGCAAGUGCAUCAAGGAUGCAGAUGGGAAUGCCACAUGUGCUUGCAACGCUGGCUUCCAGAUGCCUCCCAACAGGAUCACUUGCGUUGACAAGUGUGAGUUGGUGACAUGCGGUGCCAACUCCCGGUGUAGCAAGGAUGCAAGUGGGAAUACAAGUUGCGAGUGCAUCACCGGCUUCGAGAGGCUUCCGGGCAACGACACUUGCGUUGACAAGUGCGCUUCAGUGAAUUGUCAGCCCAACAGCACGUGCAAGAGGGAUGCAAACGGAAUUCCAGCCUGUAGUUGCAACACCGGCUUCACACCGUCUUCUGACAACCUCACCUGCAUUGACAACUGUGCUUCGGUGAAAUGUGGGCCCGGCGGGACGUGCGAGAAGGGUCGGAACGGAAGCCCAUUCUGCAAUUGCACGAUCGGCUUCAAACCGUCUUUUGACAACCUUACUUGCAUUG